UGUCACUAAACUCGGAGGCUGGAUCAAAAGGCUGAUAGCUUUUCCGUAAAGUUAAUGGAGAUAAGCAGGUGGGAGGAGGAGGCUUCCAGAAAGGUUUGGCUGUCAGGAUUCAGCGCCGCAAGGUUGUCUCAAUCUUAAUUUGUAUGGUAAGGCCUUCUUGUUUAGUUAGCCGAUGGGAUUGAAAGAGCCGCGGAGGGGUUUGACCUCGUGCCCUACUUCGAAUUCUUUUCGUGGCAUUUCAUGCAAAGUGUUUUAAAUCUCUUCUAGAUCUCCGCUAUUGGCAAUUCGUAGGAUCCCACUUUCCCCAUCGCCACUGUGGCCAUGUCCUCUUCGACGACGACGACAAACCAAUCGACCAAGUCGGAUGAACAGAAUCCUUCUCGAAUGACCGAUAUUGCACUAAGGAAAAAAAAGAAUGCUGAUGCUCAAGCGGCUUUUCGAGCUCGUCGCACAAAUUACAUUACAACUCUUGAGGAGACGGUCGUGAACCUAGAAUCAGUUGUCCGAGUACUUCAGGACUCAUGCCGGGAAGCGACUACCGAGGCUCAGGAAUUACAGCAAGAGAACAAUCAGCUGCGACAAGCACUACGAAAUCAAGAAAACUUUUGGAGAGCGUCUUGGCCAAAGCGAGGACAAAAUUCGGAGACCGAAUCAGAGUUUCCCUCUUACCCGUCCCCGCCGUCUACGACGUUCAACAGCACACAAUACCCUGAUAACAGUCUGGGUUUUAAUCAGUAUCCUGCCUCACCUUCAGUCUCAUUUAAUCACCAGAAUCAACCAUAUACUUCUUGGACACAGACCAGUAGCCACUCCUCCAAUUCGCCGCAUUUUGUUGAAUCACCGACACUCACCUCCGCAUCCGAUAUGAAUCUCAUUGGCAAUCGAUAUCCCGAUGACCAAAAAAUACCUUUGAACAAUUUAGAACCCACGGUCGUUCCAUACGUCUUCCCAAACAGUCGAUCUAUUUCUCCUUCUUCAUCUACGCCACCCUCUUCAUCUACGACCGCUUUGACUUCCCCUUUUCCUUUUGCCUUCAACGACGCGCAGGGUGCCGCACAGGAUCGACCAGAAUUUGAGUAUCGUCGUCAAACGACACAGAGUCACGGCGCUGAGGUUAUCUCUCUUCAUGGUGGCACUGCAGAUAUUUCCGCCAUCGCCUCAAGCUCAGGAAACGACGGGGGAGUUCGCUACAGACUUGGUGGAAACAAUCGACGCAUGGAUGCUAUUUUGGACCGUACCAGCCUACUUCCACUCCUUCCCCCGAUAACAAGCGGUACCGCAGGAAGUGAGAAUGAUUCUCAGCAAGGGUCUCAGCACGGCAGCGAUGGUGGCGAUUCUUCCUACUCCAGUCAACACCAGGCUCGUCCACGUCGGAUAACAGCGCCUUCCUCUCGCUCACCUUCGCCUGGCGUGGCUCCGCUGUCGGGUACUCUGGCGGUGAUCAAAGCUCAGGCCUUCGGCGCUUUGCGCAGAACUCGAGUUAGGUCUAAAAGGCCUGCAGAUGGACCAGCCAAAGUGUCUCGCGACGUCCUCGAAUCUAGAGGCAUCGUGUCUGCAGACUCUCUCCUCCAGCCGGGACCAGCUAAGCGACGCCGGAUGAACGACGACAGCGAUGAUUUUGACGCGCCUUCAUGAUGUUUCGCCAUGCCAUCUGUGUUUCUUUACUAGAGCAAACGAGGACGAGGACUGUAUACAUACCAUCAUACUAAUCACUCUCCUUUCUUUUUUUUUUUGGCUUGCUUGCACUCGUUCAGCAAUUUUUUGGGUUCUGACAUCAGCUUUGUUGUAUAGAUUAUUGCAUUGUGCAUACUGUUUAUUGUAUAUAUCUCAAGUUGUAUUGUGAAUAGCUCUUCUGUAUAAAGUAUAUCUCUUGAAAUUCUUGUAACGUACCAUACCCAAGACCCGAUUGUUUCUAUA